AUGACGAGUGUGCUACGCAAUGUUUUAAGGAGUAGAAAGUUACAGAAGCUCCCGCUUGUGCACUUGGCUAAACCACAACAAUUGCGCGUCUUAUCAAGAGGUUUCCAAACAUCACUACGUUCAUUCGAUGACUUGAAACAAAAACAACCAGAGACUUAUGAAGAGGAAAAAGUUAUCAUUGAUGAGAUAGUCAAGAACCUUCCGGAUGAAGAUAUCAAAGCGUCCAAAAGAAUUAGAAACAUUGGUAUCUCAGCACAUAUAGAUUCAGGUAAGACCACAUUUACAGAACGUGUUUUAUUCUACACUGGUAGAAUCAAAGCUAUUCAUGAAGUUAGAGGUCGUGAUUCAGUUGGAGCUAAGAUGGACCAUAUGGAUUUGGAAAGAGAAAAAGGUAUUACUAUUCAAUCUGCAGCUACAUAUUGUUCAUGGGAUAAGGAUGACAAAUCAUACCAUUUCAAUUUAAUUGAUACUCCCGGUCAUAUUGAUUUCACAAUUGAGGUUGAAAGGGCAUUGCGUGUUUUGGAUGGUGCCGUUUUAGUUGUUUGUGCCGUUGCUGGAGUUCAAUCACAAACAGUCACAGUUGACAGACAAAUGCGUCGUUACAAUGUUCCUAGAGUUACAUUUAUCAAUAAGAUGGACCGUAUGGGUGCUAACCCAUGGAGGGCCAUUGAACAAAUCAAUUUGAAAUUGAAAAUGCCUGCUGCUGCUAUCCAAGUCCCAAUUGGUGCUGAAGAUGAAUUGAAAGGUGUUGUAAAUAUUAUUGAUCGUGUUGCGUUGUAUAACGAAGGCUCACAAGGUGAAAUAAUUAGAACUGCUGAGAUCCCCGAAGAUUUGAAAGAGUUGGUCGAGGAAAAAAGAGCACUUUUGAUUGAAACAUUGGCUGAUGUUGACGAAGAAAUGGCUGAUAUUUACUUGGAAGGUGAAGAACCAACUCCAGAACAAAUCAAGGCUGCGAUUAGACGUGCAACUAUUGGAAGGAAAUUUACUCCUGUACUUAUGGGUUCGGCUUUGGCCAACAGAGGUAUUCAACCAGUUUUGGAUUCCGUUGUUGAUUAUUUGCCCCAACCAAAUGAGAUUUUAAAUACUGGUUUGGAAAUCCAUAAGGAUGGUAGUGAAACACCAAUUAAUUUGAUUCCAUCUAGUGCCGCUCCAUUUGUAGGAUUGGCAUUCAAAUUGGAAGAAGGUCCAUACGGUCAAUUAACAUAUAUCAGGGUCUAUCAAGGUAAGUUAAAGAAAGGUGCCUACAUGACCCACAUCAAAACAGGUAAGAAGGUCAAGGUUUCAAGAUUAGUGAGAAUGCACUCUAAUGAUAUGGAGGAUGUCGCUGAAGUUGGAAGUGGUGAGAUUUGUGCUACAUUUGGUAUCGAUUGUGCAUCAGGUGACACUUUUAUUGGCCAAGGUUCAUCACAACAAAUUGCCAUGAGCUCAAUGUUUGUUCCCGAAGCUGUCAUUUCUUUAAGUAUUGCACCUAAGUCAAAAGAUAAUGGUGCUUUCUCCAAAGCCAUGAAUAGAUUCCAAAAAGAAGACCCGACAUUCAAAGUCCACUACGAUUCCGAAUCUAAAGAGACAAUCAUUUCCGGAAUGGGUGAAUUGCAUUUGGAAAUUUACGUUGAAAGAAUCAAAAGAGAAUAUGGAGUUGAUUGUGUCACCGGUAAACCACAAGUUGCUUAUAGAGAAGCCAUAACAGCACCAGCCGCCUUUGAUUUCACACACAAGAAACAAUCUGGUGGUGCUGGUCAAUAUGGUAGAGUUGUUGGUGAGAUGAAACCAAUUGAAGGUGAAAACAAGUUUGAAACUCAAAUUGUUGGAGGAAAGAUUCCUGAAAAAUUCUUGUUGGCAUGUAACAAAGGUUUUGACGAUUGUUUGGAAAAAGGACCAUUGAUUGGACAUAAAGUCUUGGGUGUUGAUAUGCUUAUUAAUGAUGGUCAAACACACGUGGUAGAUUCUUCUGAAUUGGCAUUUAGAACUGCUACCCAAGGUGCUUUUAGACAAGCAUUCCUCAAUGCUUCACCAGUGAUUUUGGAACCAAUUAUGAAUGUUGAAAUUACUGCACCAAACGAAUUUCAAGGUUCUGUUGUUGGUUUGGUUAACAAGUUGGGUGGUAUGAUUAAUGAAACUGUCAAUGGGCAAGAUGAGUUUACUGUCACUGCUGAGUGUUCAUUGAACUCCAUGUUUGGAUUUUCAACAAGCUUGAGAGCAUGUACUCAAGGUAAAGGAGAAUUUUCAUUAGAAUUUCUCAAGUAUGCUCAGGCCAGUCCACAAUUACAAAAACAAUUGAUUAGUGAUUAUGAAAAGGCUCAAGGUAAUAAAAAGUAA